AGAAGCUAUGUAAUGAGCUAUGCAGUGAGUAAUAUAUUGAGUUAUUUAGUGAGCUAUGUAAUGAGCUAUGCAGUGAGUAAUUUAUUGAGUUAUUUAGUGAGCUAUGUAAUGAGCUAUGCAGUGAGUAAUUUAUUGAGUUAUUCAGUGAACUAUGUAAGAAGCUAUGUAAUGAGCUAUGCAGUGAGUAAUAUAUUGAGUUAUUUAGUGAGCUAUGUAAUGAGCUAUGCAGUGAGUAAUUUAUUGAGU